CAUAAAAGACCAGCGUUACCACCAGCUCCUCACUGCUGUGGACCCUCACUUUAACCUGUCUGCGGAUAUUUCUAUUUGUACAGCAACAUGGAUGAGAUGAAGAUCGCUGUGCUGGGCGGCGACGGAGUUGGAAAAUCAGCUCUCAUCGUUCGUUUCCUCACCAGACGCUUUAUUGGAGAGUACGCCUCCUCUACAGAAUGCAUAUACAGAAAGUGUGUGUCUGUGGAUGGGAGGCAGAUUAAUCUUGAGCUCUAUGACCCAUGCUCUCAGGCCUGUGAGGGUAAGCCUGUUUUAAAUGACCAGAUCCAUUGGGCUGAUGGUUUUAUUUUGGUCUAUGAUAUCACCGACCGCUCCUCCUUCCGCACUGCCAAAGCUAUAGUGCACCAAAUCCGAGAGCUACACCGGGGAUCUGCCAAAAGGGACAUAGACUUACACAUAUUUUUGGUGGGCAACAAACAGGACCUGUGCCACAUGAGAGAGGUGCAGCAUGAAGAGGGUCAGCGUCUAGCUGCUGAGUUUCACUGCCAGUUCUAUGAGCUGUCAGUAGCUGAGCACUACCAGGAGGUGGCGCUCAUAUUCUCCAAGAUGGUGCAAAAUGCCAACCUGAACAGCAAAGCCAGGGAGCGCAGGAGACGCCCCAGCGGCUCAAAGUCCAUGGCCAAACUCAUCAACAACGUCUUUGGCAAAAGGAGGAAAUCAGUAUGAAAUACAAGGACAGCUGACAGUAAAGGCCAGACCAGUGAUGCUAGAGACCUCCAGCUGGUCUUUCUAUCUUUGAUUAUGCUUGUGUUGUUCUUUAUUAGCAUAGAACUGACAGAUAUAUGUGUAGAAUGGUGUUAGUGUGAUAAUACAGUAGUACACAGCUCAUACUAUGGGUUACUGACACUGAUCAAUGCUUUUACUCUAACAUUAUUAGAAGCCUUUCAUGAGAGAGAAAGUUUGUGUCAUUUAAUCCAAGAAAAUGAAAUGAAGCUAAGCCAUACUCCAUCAGGAGACUGGCAACACGAUAAGUGUCACCAACCAGUCGUCAUUCACGUCCUUGUGAGGGUCAAGAAAUUGUUGCUGUCAAGAGCAUGUCAGAGCAGGUGACAAAAUAACCCUAAUGCAAGAGAGCAUUCUGUCAUCCUGAAAAUGUUGAUGUGUUCCUGACAUUCAGAUUCGGGCCUGAUGAAUUGAAAUUUGUCAGUCACGACAACAUCAUGUCACAGCUGGGCUGAGCUGGGCCUUAAGGGUAACAAUGGGAACUCUGACAUCAGCAGUGACAACUUGAUGUAAACAAGGUUCAGUAUUUUAUUCUCUCCUUUUGUGGCAAACUCGACAUGUUGAUGGAAUCUGUGAAAAAUGGUCUUUAAAUUUGCAUGAAUGAAGUCUGCAGUGAUGGUUGUGCUUUUAGUUGAUGACUGAUGUUGCUGUCCAGCUGUAGCAGGUAGACUGUGAUGAUAACUACAGCAGUAGCAUAGUUGGCACUCCGUGGUUGUGAGUGACUUGACAUCAAUAAACACCUGUAACUUGACUUUGACUCUAACACCAAUGACUCGUGACUUCACGUAGACUUGAAUGACCUGACAUCCUCCGCAGGCAUAAAGAUUAAAGAUUGUGCUACCUGCACAACCACUGAACUCCUCAGUUUACUGACAACAGAAAUGACAAAUGUUGGUAACUGUGUUAAACGAAUAACACACUGACACACACAAUAAGUUUGAUUUGAAAUGAUAGUAAUAAAUACAUGUUUCACAAAUACUGGAAGUUCCUGUGUUAUUUAAAUGAUUAAAAUGAGAUAAAACUUGUUAACAGAUGCAUAAUGACUUCAAGACUUGAUGUUCCAAUACUAAGACUUGAGACUUGUGACCUCUGAAACUGAGAAUUUGUCACAGCUCUGCAUUAAUUAUGUAUCAAGUAAUUAUGCAUCGACCUGCUAAUGUUGUUUUGACGAUUCGACUCCUGAGAGAAAGUCAGCCCAUCCGUCCGAUUCUAACCUCUCUCCCUCUGAUGUCGAUUUUAUCACUCUACAUCCUACAUCAGCUGACUUCCUUCUCUGCUCCCUCCUGGUCCACUUCCUUCCCUUUGUGAAAAGAAGAAUUUCCUUUUUGUUUCUACAAGUUGUUUUAUCUUCAUGGUAUUGAAAUGAUACUGUCUGUUUAUUUUACUCUGAUUUGCUCGGGAAGGUGUUGAUCACAUUUAUUAAUCUUCUCUCAGUAUUUUUAAUCUUUGAUGGGGGAACACAUGAAAUGGAAUCAGUCAGCAGUCAGUCAGUAUAUCUCUCUGUGAGCUGCAGACCUGAUGGCCAAUGAGAUGUGACCCCAGCAGUCACUGCAGGACUUGAUGAGAGUUGUUUGUAAAGACAGACAGAACAUGACGGUAUAAGGUCAUGUCCACACCUGUUUUCCAUCCACAACAAAAUGCCACAACAACAAAAUAACUAAAUCUCCUCUUUCAGUAAAGAACAAUACUCGUAUCUAUCAUCCUUGGUUAGGUCAGCCCUACAUGGACUGUUUGCUUGGACUCAGCAGGUUACAGUUACAUUAUAUUCUGUCUGCACUAAAUCUCUGACUUCUUAUCUAGCACAAUCUCAAAUCAGUUUCUGACUCCAGUUUCACAUUCCAACCCUGAAAUGUCAUCAGUUUGCUUUGUUUUGAAAUCUGGUAAUGAAACAAGCUGAAUAGACGAAGUAGUAGGUCAGAGGUGCUUUAGAAUAUAGUCCGCAACAUACAUAGUCAUUCUUCCCAACUCUGUCAUUUUUUAUACAGUACAUACCAAUACAUACAGGUAGCUACAAGGGAACAAGAUUUGUAUUUAGAGGAAAGGGGCUAAUGAUCUGGGUAUUUAAAAUGAAUUUAUACUGUAGGUACCUUGUAACUGAUAAUGGUACCUAUUCUCGUACUGCAGGGUACAGUAUGACUGUUACUGACUGACAGAGCUGGAAGUUUGGGGGAAGACGAGUUGAUGAGUCCUGCUGUAAAUUGGCUAUGAUUCAUUUUAAAAUGACCAUUGAUGCUGUUCCUCAGCCUGUAACUCAUCAUCCACUGUGAGGUCCUUGACUCUGAGUCAUUAAUAAUUCAUUAUCAAGUUAUUCCCGAUUUGUUCUUCAUCAUUCCUCAAUAAUUAUUCCCAUUUUUGUUAACCAUGUUUAACCAUGUCAUCAGAAACAUCUGAUCAGUCUGGGUUCAUCUCAUGUCCAGCUUCUCGAGGGUUAUCUCCACUGUCCAUGUUGACUUUAUGUAAGACAAUAUCAAAGGGGGUGGGGGUCCUGUACAUGCAGAGCAGAUCUAAAUCCUGGCUGGAUCCAGCAGAGGGUCGGAGGCCUGGAUUUGUUUUGAUGUGGUGAGUGGAUGUGGCUCUGGUUAGGACUUGUUGAGGCACAGGAGAGACCACCUGCCUCCAGCCUCACCCCUAUGAUGACUAAAAUCCAAGCAGUGCAUGGUGGCUUCUAAUCCACUCCAGCCAUUAGAAAUCCCUCUAACUUUCUCUCUCACAUUACUCAGAUCAUCCUGACAGACAGCUCAAUGGAAAACAUCUUCAUCUGACCACACACUGAUAUACUGUUCUGCUGUCCCUGGGUACAUGAAAUCUUCACUGUGAUUUGACUAGCAUGAAAACAUGAGGGCAUUCUGCAAAUGCUUGAAAUAUAAUAUCACAGUGGGAGGUGUCUAAAUUACAUGUCUAACCCUAACCAACCCUAGGACAACAGAUCUCACAGUCAUGUUUAGAAUGACUGAAAAUUACCACAACAUCCAAUUGUACACACAAAUGAAUGCACGAGUUAGUAUAGUUCAUAUGGAUCUUUUAUUAUAAUACUACAUAUGGUCAUAAACCAACAUCAAAUUAUAUCAACCAGUUAUGCAACACUGAAUUCAUCAAGUGAACUGCUGAUGUAACUCAGUGAAUGCAGUGGCAAUAUGAGCACACUGAGGAGCAGUGAGCAGCUUUCAGCCUCAACAGAGCAAAGUCACUUCAGCUUAUUUCAUUCUGUUCAGUCACAUACUUCUUCGUCAUCACGGUGUAUGCAGAAAAGAAAUUCUAAAUUCAACAAAGUGUCCAUGUAGUAAAUCACAUUGUGUGCCUACCAUAUAGAAAAUCCACCGAGGAGCUGAGUGUGCUCAGUGUUCCCCUGGGAAAGAAUGAAAGACUUUGACUGCAGUUAAUGAAGAGACAUAAAGGGUGAUGUAACCAAAGGUGUUGCUGCAUGGUUUAACAUUUAUUUAUAUACUUAUAUUUAUUAAUUGUUCUUUUCACAACUGUAGAACUUAAAUAUUAAGCAUAUUCAUGGAUCUAGAAAACAUUUGAAAACCAUGUAGAUCAUGAACAAUAUGAGUGGACUGUGAAGUGGCUGAGAAAUGUGGAGUUGACUGAUGGUAAUCAGUAAGUUUUAAUGAAACAACAGGUCAACUUGAACUCUGAGAUAUGAAGUCAUUAACACUCAGGUUUGAUCUGAAAUAUACCUAAAUGAUGUAACAUAACAAAACUUUACAGGCCUACAUUAGUGAACAUGACAUUGUUGCUCUGGUAACAAGUGUUAGUCAUGUUACCUGGAUUCAGUUUGCAGUGACACAGGUUGAAUGUACAGAAAAAGAGACUGUCAUCAUUUGUAAUCAAACAUGUCAAGGGUACACUACUGUAUGAUGCUGAAUAUUCCUGCCUUUAAUAAAAGUUGACUCUUAUUCAACAAUAGUCAGAAAUGUUCCUGUUUGUGAAUUUACACUCAGAUGUGGCCAGUGUUUCUCUCUGUUCCAAAUAAGUUCUGCAUGCAUUUAUCAGGAUUUUGUCAUUUAUUUGCCAAAUCUAAUUGAGUUUUUUUAAGUGCUCAAAAUAUGAUCACCAUGAUUAAUCCCCAAAACAGUAUCACUAAUCUACAGCACAUGUUUUUCUUCUUCUUUUAAAUGGAUUUAAGAAUGGUUUAUGACACUCACUGAUGGAUGAACCCAGAGAAGAAGAGCUCCUCUUCAAUACCAGUCAGAGAAUCAGAGAGGAGUCUGUGCACUUGGCUGAAGGU